CCACUGUAAUCAGUUUUCAGCCGCAAAACCCCUCUUGCAAGGAACCUUCUUUUCAUCUGCGACUACUCCGCCAUCGAUUCAUGGCGUCGGAGUCUAGAGUUCCUUUUUUCUAGGAUUUUCUUGCACAGACUGUACAAUAGUCGUGCGUUAAAGCCGUCAGAAUGUCAGGCUUCGAAGUUGUCGGUAUUGUCCUCGGCGCUAUCCCCCUUCUGAUAUCCGCUCUCGAGCAUUAUGAGAGUGGAAUUAAGACGAUACAGAUAGUUCGGCGUCGUGCAAAAGUGAUGCAUUCUCUGGCCACGGCCCUUAGUACUGAGCAGACCAUACUUAGGAACACCUGCGAGACCUUGCUGGGGGGGAUCAUAGACCCCAAAGACAUGCAGCCUCUACUUGCGGAACCUUUCGGGCCGCUAUGGCAGGACCCCGAUACCAAGGCCGUCGUCGAGCGAAGGCUUGACCACACGCUGAAGGAUUUUAAGGCUCUGGUACAUUCCAUGAAGGAAGCGGUGGAAGAGAUACAGUCGAAGCUAGGUCUUGGGCCGGAUUUUGAGAUGAAAAUCGACAAUAGGCCGGUUGCCAAGCGGGAAAUGGUCAAGAUCGCUUUACAAUUUUCCACUCACGAAGACGCCUUGAAGAAGCUAGCGGAUACCAAUCAGAAACUUGAUCUGAUGAUAACUGGUAACCUGCGAAAUGAGCCUUAUCGGAAGGUUCAUUCACAAGAGAAGCUAUUCAGCUUGCUAGAAGCAGUAUCAAGAAGCAUAUAUAAUGCUCUAAGAUCCAGCCUAUCUUGUACAUGCGCCCGAUCGCAUGGCGUAGGUUUCAGUCUCCCUGCGGCAAGAGUCACAAGGCGGGUCCAAGACGAAGAGGCGCUGAUUAAGCGACUAGAUUUCCAUCUUGUCUUAGCCAACAAGCCGCAGGAUACCAAAGGAAAAGCACACAGCAGCUGGGUAUGGGAUGAACUUGUCCUCCGAUUAGCAGAGAUCCCAAUGAAAGUGCGUGCAGCAGCUUUGCUUCCCGUGGCUACCGAUGUGGUAGUAAAGAAGUCUAAAUUUGUUCGCGUGAAAUUCUUGGAUCACGACACAACUACACCUAUAGUACGAGCACCUUCACCGCUAGACAGCGCUGGAUCGACGGUUGCCCCAGGCCUUGAUGCAUCGCAUCAAGUCAUUACCAACCCCAUGGGAUAUGCUUCUCAGCUUCCACGAGAGACUCGGCAACUUGUACAGGUGAAAGACAUUUGUCGCACAUUAAGCGGCAAGCCGCCAGAGAUCCAAUAUCAGGACCCCUACGGAUAUCUGCUUGAUGAGACCACUUCACAAAAACAGAGAUUUGAAGUAUUUCCCUUUAGAUCUUAUGAUAACGACGAGUGCGCGACGGUCCACCUAAGGGACGUUUUCUCCCAGACGCGUCGACCUUCACUCGCUCGAAAGUACCACAUUGCCGCCACGGCGGCUUCUAGUGUUUUAUUUAUGCACAAGACGCUAUGGAUGCCCGCUACGCUUACUAUAAAUAACGUGUUCCUAAUCUCGCGUUAUGGGAACGUGGAUUUCGAUGAGAUUUACUUGAUAAAGCAGUCGCUUCAUGAUUUAGACGGUUCGACAACAGCGUCCAACUAUGACUCUUUAAGCGAAGCCGCAGGGGUAUCGACACUAUACUACCUAGGAAUCUUCCUUAUAGAGGUUAUGCUAUGGAAGCCAAUAUACGAUUUUUGGAGCGAGGAAGGUGUCGACUUAAGCGGUGUUCCGCUAGAAGACAUAUUCGACUAUACGACAGCUAAAGGCUUUGCUAGGAUUCAAGGGAUAUUAAAUCAAAUCGAGUGGAUCGGCUCCCCUGAAUUCAAGAAGGUCGUGGAGCACUGUAUCAAAUGCGAUCUGGACGCCAACAGUUUAUCUUUGGAUAACGUUGCCUUCCGCCAAGCCAUUUACAGCGACAUUGUGUUACCAUUGCAAGACGCCGACCGACUAGCGGGUGGAAAGAUGACAGCAGGUAAAGGCAAACCUCUCACACCAAUGAAAGUAGCGUAAUGGAAAGAAGAAUUGCUCUAUAGUUUCAAAAACUGUCGUCGGUUGUUGUAAUAUGCUUUUAGGAGCGCAACACAAAAAUGAUUUGGUAGGCUCAGCGUUUAGGGAAUCGGAAGGGGGGUAUGGACGAAACAGAGACUGUAUUGACUGGAGCAGGACGAGCGGGGUGUACCGAGGUCCGACCUGUUUUACCUCUGCUGUUAUAACUGUCCCAUUAGGCCUCAGCACCAAGAUAUACUUGGGAUAUAGAUGCAAGUGUGAAACCUUGCUAUGUUAGCAGUAGUGUUGGCUGGUGAGAAUUACGGCGGCAGGAGGGUAGUCGGGGUUAGGACGCUAAAGCUGCCCUGUAUUUCUGGCAUCUGCCGCACCCAAAAUGUCCUCAGAUACCUAGGGUUGUAGCAGUCAGAAAUAAGCGAGCGAGUCAAUUGAAGGUGUAUCGAGCUUGGCGAGUCUUGGCGUGGUAGCUGGUAUAUUAAUGAGCGUAUAUGAGACUAAACUUGUCGAGCAUCAUUGUCUAGAAAAUAAGUAAUAAUUG